GCAGGUAACGAAAGGGCAACGAGCAGCCGGUUGCAAGAAUAACGCAAGACCUUCGCGUUCAAAAACAAACCCUGUUAAAACUGUGUUUAUUUUUUAGUUCAUUGUGUUGUGUUCACCGUACACCUUUCCGGGUCAAAAACAUUACCGUGCUUUUGCAGUGGCUUUUUAAGUUGUGUCAUUUUCAUGUUAGGUGCGCAGAAAUUGUCCUCACCCCCACUGAGUACUAAUGCUGCUCUCUUUCUUGAAACAUGUCUGAAGUCACCCUGCUUCGUUUUCCUGCUGUUGUUAGAGACAUGAGUACAGAGAAAUAUUUCCCUAUUAUGAGAAAAACAACAACAAAUGUGGUGAUAAAUGGCAACCGAAACUGCUUCAGUUAGAGACUGUAGCGUCUGGUGGCGGAACUCUCCACUUGGAUAGAACAGACCUGGUUUAAAGAUGUCAGGAGAUGCUCAGCUCCAGCCAGUUGCUGUCUAUUGGCAUUGGGCCCCCGUGUUGGCAGAUAUUUUGUUCUUUAUGAGGAGCCAGAAAUCUGGACAUCAUGGACCAUAUUUGCAUUUUAAAAUAAUGGCUCCAAGUCCAGGCCAAACAACACAAGUCAUAGGCCAGGUGCAAUCCCAGGCCAGUAGUUGGCUAGCUUUUGUCUAAAGUAUAAGCUCUUUAAAACAGGGACUUAUUUUGUUCAUUGAUAGUCUCCAUGCCGGUAACAGGUCCCCUCAGAUAUUUGGUAGUCAAUAAACUUGUUGAAUAAAAGAAAGAUGACAGGGACACUGUUCUUAAAAAGUUUUAGGGAUUAGGUGGUAGUGAUUGCCUAAAACAUUUCUCCAGAGAGAAAGAUGAUAAUAUCUAUUGAGCACCUAUUAUAUAUUGUACAUAAAAGUACGUUAUCUCAUUUAAUGCUUCUACAAGCCUACUUAGGGUUUUUCCCUCCCCUGCUUUCUAUGAGGAAACAGGCGGAGAGAGGUGAAGUCACUUGCCCAAGACCAUGCGGCCAGUCAAUGAAAAGCCAGUGGCCUCUGAUGCAACUGCAAGUCUACUGAUUUGCUGUUUGAGCAAACCCAUUCAUUUCUGGGGGCUAGAAAGCUGCAAGAUGGGUUCUUGUCCUAAACCAUUUGUAGCUGUGGACUCACCAGAUGAAAGCCAGUGGGAUGAAACCACUUGCGACCUGGCCGUUUGUCAGCAUCCACAGUGCUGGGCAACUGUCCGCCGGAUUGAGAGGGGCCGCCCUCGAAUCCUGGGCUCCCCCUGCGAAACUCCUCCAGAUGCUGAAGACAAACUCCCAGUGCUCACCAUUGUAAACAUCUCAGAUUCCUGCUUCCGGGCCAAGAGACUUGCUCAUCGUCGUUUCUCAGGAUUUACCUUCACCAAGGCUCACUCUUUAUUGUCUCGAGGUUCAAAGUUUGACUGCAAAUUUCGAGGCAGGCCUCGGAACGCUUUACCUGACAAAGAUUUAAUCAACCAUACUAAUAGAUCUCCUGAAGGAAGUCACAGAUCAAAAAAGUUUUCAGUGCUGAAUUUGAAUGAGACACAACUUCCCUGCCCUCAAGAUGUUAGAAAUAUGGCUGUAAUCUGGAUCCCAGAAGAACCAGGGAAGCACGUGAGUCUAGCUGAGAAGAAGCAUGUUGUUCCCAGCCAGGAUGUGGAGAAGAAAGGAAAGAAAUCUACAGUGAAAGACAAGUCAUCUCUGGUUCUUUCCGGAAAACAGAACACAGAAAUCCAGUUGGGACCUCCAGGGAUGACUGUGCCUCCGCCCUCUCCAGUACACUUUUUUGAGCAACUAAAUUCAGAAUUCAUACCUUCCUGGAACCAGUUUGACAUGUUACCUCAGGAUCUGUUGAAGGACCUUUUGCCAGAUGAAGGGAAAACCAUGCUUUGUCCAGAGAUGAAGACGCAAUUGGCCAUGAUGAGAAAGAAACUUCCUUUGGAAAAGAGCCGCCCUGACAGUGCCAUUUCUGCUAAGAUGUUCUUAUUUGUACACCCCCUCACCCUGCAGAGACCAGCAUUGAGAUAUCCUGGACAUUUGAAGAGAUUAUAUUAUAACCUGAAUACAGAAGAUAGGUUUUCUGGUGCUGCCAGAUCUCCAGGUCACAGGGAGCAGCAGCAGCAGCAGCAACAGAGGAAGGUGAAGACGCCUCCUAAGAAACAGGAGGCUAAGAAGAAGUCCAAGGGUGAUCCAGGGAGCCAGAACACUUCACGUGAACGUUCAGGUCACAGAACUCCACCAGGUCAAGAAAGUGACAAAAAGCAGCAGCAGCAGGUGAAGAGAGAAGGCCCCACCUUGAAACAGGAUUCCACAGAAAGACCACAGAUGGACUACUCUGCAAACUACCUGGAUUCCUUCCCCAGCAAGGAGAAUCCUGAAUUAUCCAAGACAGAACCCACUAAUGAGGACAUCAGUGCUCAGAUGGAGGUUGUGCUGGCAGCCCAAGAGAGGACCCCAGAGGACCUUUCAGCCAGUACGUCUAGAACAAGCUGGAACCCUGAGCUCAAACUACUGAGGAUUCUUCAGGCCACUGAUGAUGAGGACGAGGACGACCCAUGUUCUGGGGCACAGAGUGAAGAGUCUCUGGAGGCAUAGGUGGAAGGCAUCAUCGGGGCAGGAUGCUUGGACUCCUGUGGACAACGACCUUGAACAUAAAGGCAGAAAGGAGAGGGGACUUCUGCUCCCUGGAGCCUUUACCAGGGCCUCACCUUAGGGAUUCUGUUUUCUUCAUUCACUUCCACUUGCCUCUAAAAUAAGAGAGGAAGAGAAAGCCCCGCCCCUUUUAAACUUAGGUUGUUUCUCCUCCAUUAGGGCCAGAAUAAUUAUAGUGAUUAAACACAGCUCCUGCUAAAUCAAAAGACUCAUUCUCUGUUUCUGGGAGGGGAGGAGAGAUAUUUCUU